CCGAAGCAGCGGCGUUUGCCUUCUUUUCAGUCCGUCGAGAGACGACUAGAUGGGGCCAUCAGUUCGACCACAUCUGAAGGGCGUCUGGAGGCCCGGUUAGUUGUUGGAAGAUACCGAACAAGACACCUUUAUCUUUUGGUUAUUUCAUAUUUAUAUAAAGCCGACCUUGAUGUCCAAAAAGGAAGACUCUACUUUGUUGUCUAGACAGCAGGCGCAAUAUCUCACUUGUAUGGUUAACUGGGUGCAUCCAAGUAGAAGAAUACCAAACGCAUUUAUCUCUUCGUUUCCUCACUACUUGUUUUGAAUCACCCCUUCUUGGCAUACGCUAUUAGUUCCCCCAUCCAUCCAGUGAAAUGGCUAAGGAAGAGGCGCGUGUCCCCCCGGCCGCUGUCGCCAAAACCGCUGGCGGCAACAGUGCUUUCCGCAACGUCCAUAACGACUUUGCUCAUAUCGCUGACCCCAACGAGCGUCGUCGUCUUGCCCUCGCCGAGAUUGACAGGGCUCCUUUUGGCUGGUAUCAUGUUCGAGCCUGUGUUGUCGCCGGUAUCGGCUUCUUUACCGACUCUUACGAUAUCUUCUGCGUCUCCAUGCUGACUAUUAUGCUUGGCAUCGUCUACUCUCCCGCCACGGGUAAGCUUCCUACCAGUUCAGACAACGCCAUCAAGCUCUCAACUUCAGCUGGCACUGUUGUUGGUCAGCUGGUCUUCGGUAUGCUGGCUGAUAUCGUCGGCCGAAAACGCAUGUAUGGCCUAGAACUUAUCAUCAUUAUCUUUGCUACCCUUGCUCAGGCCCUGAGUGGUGGCUCUCCAUCAACAUCUCUUAUCGGAAUUAUCAUCUUCUGGCGCGUCAUCAUGGGCGUUGGCAUUGGUGGCGACUACCCUCUUUCUUCUAUUAUUACUUCUGAAUUCGCGACUACCAAAUGGCGAGGAGCUAUGAUGUCUGCUGUCUUUGCCAUGCAGGGCUUUGGCCAGCUUUGCUCUGCCCUGGUCAUGAUGUUCCUUACUCUCGGCUUCAAAUCCGAUCUUGAGGGUGCCUCUAAUAUAUCUAGCUGCACUGGAAGUUGUCAGGUUGCCGUCGACCAGAUGUGGCGUAUCCUGGUCGGCUUCGGUGGCGUUCCCGCUUGCAUUGCCCUUUAUUACCGUCUAACCAUCCCUGAGACUCCUCGUUAUACUUUUGAUGUUGCCCGCGAUGUUGAGAAGGCUGAUGGGGAUGUUAAGGCCUAUAUGAAUGGCAGGCAUGAGGGUAAGACUGACGAAGUCGCUCGUGCUCAGGUCCACCAGGGUGCUCGCGAGAACCUCCAGGUGCCUCAGGCCGGCUGGCGCGACUUCUUCCACCACUACGGCAAGCUUAAGAACUUCUUGCUUCUGAUUGGAACUGCUGGCUCAUGGUUCUGCCUUGAUGUGGCUUUUUACGGUCUCAGUCUGAACAAUGGCACUAUUCUUACAGUUAUUGGCUACUCGACUAAGAAUGCCCAUAACGUGUAUGAGUACCUUUAUAAUACUGCCGUUGGUAAUAUUAUUAUUGUCCUUGCUGGAGCUGUUCCGGGUUAUUGGGUUUCUGUUGCUACUAUCGACACUCUUGGCCGUAAACCUAUUCAGCUUGGCGGCUUUAUCAUCCUUACUAUUCUUUUUAUUGUCAUGGGUUUUGACUAUAAUCAUAUUUCCUCCAGUGGUCUACUUGCUAUUUAUGUACUUGCCCAGUUCUUUUUUAACUUUGGUCCAAAUACUACCACCUUUGUUGUCCCCGGUGAAGUCUUUCCCACACGCUAUCGAUCUACUUCUCACGGCAUCUCUGCCGCAUCUGGCAAAAUUGGAUCGAUUAUUGGGCAGGGAGCCAUCUCGACCCUUCGUACGCACGGUGCUACUAAGAAUGAUGAGGCUCCCUGGAUGAACCAUGUUCUUGAGAUCUAUGCUCUUUUCAUGCUCAUCGGCUGUUUUACUACUCUCCUUAUUCCAGAGACCGCUCGCAAGACUCUUGAGGAGCUUAGCGGCGAAGAUGAUUACGCCAAUCGUCAUGAGAGCGUUGAGAACGAAUCUCACAACGGACCGCCUGAGAGGUCUAGCAUUUAAACGGCGGCUCGGCCACCAUUGUCUUUGGGACAUUAAUUGAAUCCGGUGCCGCACCGGAAAGACUGGACGAAUCAAUCAUAUAUUUCACACUUCGAUUAAUCACAUGCAAAGAGCUAUAUCACGAUAUCAAUAUAGUUAAUAGCGUGGACGGGACGGACGGCAAUGCCAUCAACCAACUGGUAAAGAAUGUAACUACCCCAAACCCAAACGGCAAAGUACUGCAAAAGAUACAAAGAGUUUUCGUAAUCGCAAGGCUAGCGGUAAUAUGACCGUGCUGCCGUUUAAACAGAC